AUCAACCAGGAGAGAGAGGAGGACCACUCCAAACCCAGCAAUAGUAAUUGACCCCCAAAUGAUGGGUCAUUUCUGUAAUCUCACUUAAAACCAAUGAACAAACAAACCUCCUCUCUGUCUCUCUCUCAAGAAAACACAGCCAUUGCGGAGCUGUGGUGGAGUCCAAGAGAAUCAAAGCAAGGCCAGAGCGAAAGAACUGAACAAGAUUAGUCCCCCCAGAGCUGCCCUUUGAUUCUCUCUUGCCUCUCACUGGUACGUUCUGAUAUCUCUCUCUCUCUCUCUCUCUCUUCCUCUCCUUGUCUGUAGACUGUAAUCAUGUUGAAGGAGAAAGAUCUAUCUAUUGGUGAUGUCUCUGGAGAAGAAAACUCUCAGAACAAGCUCACCCAGAACAUUUCUGACCAAAAUCUGGAGAACCCAGAUGAGAAGAUCGGUUUUUCUGAAAAGGGUAUUGAUUUUCUGAGGGAAUCAGACAUGGUUUGUGAUGGGUUUCAGUCAAAACCCUCAAAAACUGCGAAUUUUAGCUCCCAAGAGCUUACCCUUAGCUAUCUUUGUGAUAAUUCCAAGUUGGGUUUUCCCGAGAAAGAGAUUCCAGGGAAAAAUUUAUUGAAUUCAUUAGAUAAAGUGAGUUAUAAAGGAAAAGAAGUAGUUUGUGACGAUCGAAAUGAGGAUAAUGAUAAUAGAUGGGUAGAGAGAGAUUUUCUGCAAUUGAAUGUGAAUUUAUCGAAGAGAGAGGUUAAGGAUGAAGAAAUUGAGAGAGAUAAUAGAGACAAGAAGCCUAAGCUAGACACUCUUAAUCUUUCUCUAGCUUUGCCUGAUGUGUCACUCUCUCUAGCUGCAUCAAAUCCAGUACCAAAUGCUGAUCCCCCGACCAGGCCGAUGCCUAGUCGGAGUAUACAGUCCUUUGUGCCAUCAAAUAACAACACCCAAACCACAUACUCUAAUGAUUUUACGGCAGCUUCAUUGUCGUAUUCAUAUUCCCACCCUUUUUCACACAACCCCAGUUGCUCGCUUACUCGGAAUUCAACAGAGAAUUAUGAAUAUUCAGUGGGGAGUCAUAGGAGAGACUGUGAUCAGAUUUGGAAUGGUGGGGAGGGAACUAAUGGAUCAGUUCAUAGUCGAUUUAGGCCAAUAGGAGACGGCGUUACUUUGUCCAAUCAUGGUGGUGGAGCGUUUUCGUUGAUGCAAGGUAAUCGGGUGAUGAACAAGGAUUCUUGUAACAGUCAUUAUCGAACAACAAGCUCCGAUAACCAUUCAUUUUUUCCUUCUGAAUUGCCUGCAAGGCCAAGGAUGGACACUCAGUCAGGCGAUUCAAGAGGAAGAGGUUCAGAGCACAUGAGAGGUGUGGAGAGUUUAGAUGGGGGAAGAGCUCGUAAGCUGUCUAAACCAGGAAGGAUUCUUCGAGAAAUUGUUUCAGAGUCUAUACCUGUCAUGUCUCAAGUAAUUCAAGAGCUUCCUGAUGAAACAAUUGAAUCCACAAAGGAAUACUUAAAGAAUCUCAUUGCAACACCCGUGAGGAGAGAGGAAUUAGUGAGCCUCCAGAACCGGCUCGAGAGAAGAUCUGAUCUUACCAAAGAAAUGCUCUCAAAGUCCUACAAAAACCAAUUGGAAAUUUUGGUUGCCAUAAAAUUGGGUCUUGGAAGUUUCUUAUCUGACAAAGCGUGCAUUCCCUCAACAGAGCUUGUGGAAAUCUUCUUACUCGAAAGAUGUCGAAACGUAAAUUGCAAGAGGAUGUUGCCUGUUGAAGACUGCGAUUGCAAGAUUUGCUCGACAAAAAAAGGAUUUUGUAGUGAGUGCAUGUGUCCUGUCUGUUUGAACUUUGACUGUGCCAGCAAUACUUGCAGUUGGGUUGGUUGUGAUGUUUGUUCCCAUUGGUGCCAUGCUGCCUGUGGCAUCCAAAAGAAUCUCAUAAAGCCAGGUCCCAGCUUGAAGGGGCCCACGGGGACAACUGAGAUGCAAUUUCACUGCCUUGGGUGUGCUCAUGCUUCAGAGAUGUUUGGGUUUGUAAAGGAUGUGUUUAUGUCUUGUGCAAAAAACUGGGGUCCCGAAAUCGUGAUGAAGGAGCUCGACUGUGUUAGGAAAAUCUUUCGGGGAAGUGAAGAUUUCAAAGGCAAGGAGUUGCAUAUUAAGGCUGAUGAAAUGCUCUCUAAACUUGAAAGUAAAAUGAUGUCUCCUUCAGAUGUCUGCAAUCUCAUCUUUCAGUUUUUCAAUUACACAGAUGGCAUGUCAGAGUUCCCCUCUUCCAGUGCGCCUCCAAAAGAGUUACCAGCAACUCAAGUUAUCCUUAGAAAAGAUGCAUCAUCCCCGCGUCGAACACCCAACUCACUGCCUCCAAAGUCUUCCUUUUACAACAUGAGCUCCGGAAACCCAAGGAUGGACUUCUUGUCACACAAUCUCCAUCUCCAUGAGAGCGAUCUCAACACUACUUCCCUCAUGGGUGAAAAAAUGAUCGAAGAUGAGUGGUCUGUGAAAUUAUCGAAGAAAGAUAGGUUCGACAGCUUGGAAAGCAUUGUGCGGAUUAAGGAAGCAGAAGCCAGAAUGUUCCAAACCCGAGCAGACGAAGCAAGGAGAGAAGCAGAGAAUUACAGGCGAAUGGUGCGGAUGAAGAGUGAGAAAUUAGAAGAAGAGUAUGCUGAGAAGCUUGCGAAACUGUGUUUGAAGGAAACUGAGGAAAGGCAAAGGAGAAAGUUGGAGGAGUUUAAGAUUUUGGAAAAUUCACAUUGUGAUUACUACAAGAUGAAGAUGAGAAUGCAAGCUGAGAUUGGAGGCUUGUUGGAGAGAAUGGAGGCAACAAAGCAACAGUGGGUGUAAUUCCCUUUUUUUUUUAUCCUUCUUCAAGUAGGCAUUAAUUUCUAAAUGACAUGACAAUGGUAUGUAGUGUGUUGGUUUUUUCCAUUUUGGAUGCUGGUUGUUUCUUCAAAUGUGAAUUGAAUGAUUGUUUCUUUUGUAAAAUUUUGGAUCUUCUGCUUUAUC